GAUAGCCUGUGAGAGAAAUCAGAUCUAGCAAUCUCUUCUUUUGCUCCCAGUCCCAAGUAGUGCUGGAAGAAGAUGGCAAUGAUAUUGGAUGCCUUCGUCUCUAAAUUUGUAGACCUACUGGUCGAGUUGGCGAAGAAAAUGGUUGAUAUGCUCUUGGGUGUGCCUGGCGAGAUCGAAAAGCUCCAGAAUAAUUUCCAUAUGAUUACGAUCAGUGAAGUCCUUGCCGAUGCCGAGAGGAGGAGAAUCAACGAUGGGGCCAUUGAUUACUGGCUUAAGCAGCUCAAGGAUGUUAUGUACGAUGCCGAUGACAUCCUCGACCGUUGUCGCAUCGAGGCCGACAAGCGUAGCGAAGGAUCUUCCUCCACUACUUCUUCGGUACGCUUCUCCUUUCCCUUUCUCUCUUGGAUCCGAAAGCCUCCGGUUCCUCAUGAGAUUGGCACGGAAAUUAGAGAACUCAAUCAGAAGCUUGAUGAGAUUUGGAGGAGGAGGUCUGAAUUCAAUCUGGAACGCAGUUCCCCUGACAUGCAGCGAGUGACAUCUCAAAUUACUCGCAAGACAUCUCCUGUAGGUGAGAUGGAUGUUGUAGGAUCUAAAAUUGAAGAGCACACUCAGAGAUUGGUUGAUUCGCUAAUGAAGGAUGACAGACGGGGAAACGUUCUUGUUUUCGCAAUUGUGGGUGCGGGGGGGAUCGGUAAGACGACGCUUGCUCAAAGGAUAUAUAAUGAUCAGAGGAUUCAGGAGAAGUUCUCAGUGAAGAAGUGGGUGUGUGUAUCGCAAGAAUUUGAUGAUAUAAUUUUGCUGAAAGAUAUCUACGGCGGCACCAAGGAUGAUCUUGCCGGGGAGCAGAGUAAGUCCUCGCUUGAGCCCAGAGUCGAGAUAAGUCUUACGGAUAAGAAGUUGUUUCUUGUUCUUGACGAUGUUUGGACGGCAAAGGUCUGGUGUGACUUGUUAUGCAAUACGUUAAAAAGUUGUGCUGUUGGCAGUAGGAUCCUUGUCACUACAAGAAACGAACAGAUCGCGAUGCAGAUGAGGGCAGUGAACACCCAUCACAUCAACAAACUGUCUUCAAAAGAUAGUUGGUUAUUGCUUUGCAAGAAGGUGGUCUUGACAGGGGAGGAGGAAGAGAUCCAGCAUCUGGAGGACAUAGGGAUGGAGAUUGUUAAGAAGUGUGAUGGCCUUCCUCUAGCCAUUAAAGCGAUUGCAGGGGUGCUAUGCACGAAGGAGAUGACCAGGAGUGCUUGGAAUCGAGUUCUUGGAAGCACCGCAUGGUCCACAUCUGGGCUUCCCGAGGAUGUUCAGGGAGCACUGUAUUUGAGUUAUGAAGACCUACCAGGCUAUCUGAAGCAAUGCUUUUUAUAUUGCUCAUUAUUUCCUGAAGACUAUACAUUCAGCAUGCAUGAAAUUACUGAACUUUGGAUUGCUGAGGGAUUUGUGAAAGCUGAUCAGGGGAGUUUGACGAUGGAAGAGACAGCUGAAGAGUACUACAGAGAGUUGAUUAUGCGAAAUCUUCUGCAGCGAUAUUCCGACAGUCUGCUCAGCUGUCAGAUGCAUGACCUCCUGCACUGUCUUGCUCGGUAUCUAGCACGAGAUGAGAGCUCGGUUGUCAGGAAGGUGCAUGAAAUAGGCAGCAGCAACGAAUUGAUGAAGCUGCGCCGUGCAUUUCUGAGAGACAAGGAAACAACGGAAAUCCCUGAUGUAUUCGUGAAACAGGAGUCGCUGAGGACUCUAAUUUGGCGAUGGAGCUCGAUGUCUGAGGCUCAUAUGGAUGUUGUUUGUAAUGAGCUUUCUCGUUUGAGACUGCUGGAUAUGUCUUGCUUAAAGAUUCAAAGAUUGCCAGAUUCUUUGGGUAACCUGAUACACCUGAGGUACCUAAAUAUCUCAUGGUCAGAGAUAAGCGUGAUACCGGAAACCAUAGGGAAUCUCAGAAAUCUACAGAGACUAGAUAUGUCAUCUACUAAUAUAAGCAUGAUACCGGAAAGCAUAGGAAAUCUCAGAAAUCUAAGUUACUUGAAUAUCAAUGGCUGUCGAUCGGUCGCUUUCUCGCCUUCCCAACAGUAUCGUGAAUUUACACAACCUAAGGAGUCUCAAUCUUGAAGAUACGGAGGUGUUUGGGAUGCCGGCAGGGCUAGGAAGGCUUCAAAAUCUCCAUACACUACGAGGAUUUACGCUGCAGAGGAACA